AGAUUAGGAAGUGGCUGCCUGAACUAUUUUCCAAAAGAUAAACAUUACAAAGUAUUGAAUACGGCAGCUCACCAAGAAGAUCCUACUGGUUUAGGGGGAAAACAACUUCCAGCAGCCACAAGGAAUGCUGCUACUCAGGUGCCAUCUGAAACAAGCUUCGCCCCAGAAGGUUUUGUGCAGGUUCUGUGCAGCGAUGGGGAAACUACAGAGCAAACUCAAACACAGCACUUACAGAUACAGCAGCCCCGAUGGAUUUAUAGAAGAGAGAAUGCAAACUAAAGCUUUUCAACAGUAUAGCCCAGCUCACGUGGAUGCCGUCUCUGUUGUUGCUGCUCUGAACUCAGACCUCUGUGUCUCCGGAGGAAAAGAUAAGACAGUUGUGGCCUAUAACUGGAGAACUGGACAUGUGGUGAAAAGGUUCAAAGGACAUGACCGUGAAAUCACCAAGGUUGCCUGUAUUCACAAGUCAAACCAGUUCUUCAGCGCCUCUCGCGACAAGAUGGUCAUGAUGUGGGAGUUGGAAGGCCCUUCACAGCCAAGGCAGCAGUUCUCCGGCCAUGCCAUGGUGGUCACUGGAUUGGCUGUGAGUCCAGACUCAUCACAGCUGUGCACUGGCUCCCGUGACAACACCCUGCUCCUGUGGGAUGUGGGGACCGGACAGUGUGUAGAGAAAGCUUCAGUCUCCAGAAACCUGGUCACUCACCUGUGCUGGGUCCCCAGAGAACCUUAUAUACUGCAGACUUCUGAAGACAAAUCUUUCAGAUUGUGGGACAGUCGGGGGCUGCAGAUAGCUCAUACAUUUCCCGCAAAGCAGCACAUCCAGACCUACUGCGAGGUCAGUGAGGAUGGACACAGGUGUAUCUCUUGCAGCAGCGGCUUUGGAGGGGAAGGCUGCGAAGCCACGUUGUGGGACCUGAGGCAGACGCGGAACAGAAUCUGUGAGUAUGAAGGCCAUUUCCAGACUGUUGCAUCCUGUGUCUUUCUACCAAGAGCGUUAGCCUCCAUGCCUGUAAUUGCUACCUCAUCACAUGACUGCAAGGUGAAGAUCUGGAACGAAGAUACUGGAGUCUGCCUUUUCACCUUGUCUCUGGAUGGAUCGGGACCUUUGACUUCCCUGGCUGUUGCCGACACCAUCUCCUUACUGUGUGCAAGUUUCAGCAGAGGAAUUCACUUACUCAGGGUGGACCACAGCCGAGGGCUGGAACUGCGGGAAGUAGCAGCAUUCUGAGACCAAGAGACUGUCACUGGACAAUAGCAAAUGCUGGCCCCUCCUUUCUCAGUGUGACUUUGUGUUUGUUCAUGUCAUCUUGGGGGAGGAUGAUGUGGGGUUAGUGUUCUUUGCUUAGGUUCCUUUAGAAGGUACAUCACUGUUAAAAGUCAGUUGAAGUCCAGUGGUUCAAAAUCAGAUGCAGAGAUGAGAAACAUUGAUACAACUGUAACUUAGGUUCUCAAUCUAAGUUAAAUCCA